AUGGUCGACGACGUGGACAAAGAGCGAGGGUGGGAUGGUGAGUUGAAGUACAUGGAGAGGGGGAACUGUCUCAAAGAGUAUUGGGCGAAGGGGAGAAGGAGUAGUAGAAGGAUUGGAGUUUUGGGGAAGUGGUACAACGAUGAGGAGUUGAUCUCUCUAUCUCUGCUGGCCAUUGAGCAGUUGUUAUUGAGUGAGAAGCUACUAUUGCAAUCAGAGGACGAGGUGUUUAACUUUGAACUUAAGUGGGCACGUGCCAAAUACCCUAAGCUUCAAGAGCGAUGUGAGAUCCUUGGCUCAAAAAUCAUCCGCCUCAUCAGAUUCCCUUACAUGACGAACCACAUGCUCAAAGAAAUCCUCAAAUGCGAAGACUUGGAAUGUGGGCUCAUCUCAAAGGUGGUGUUGGAUGCGUUUUUAUUUAAGGCAGAGGCCCCGGAAAAAAAACGGGCUCUUAUGGCCGAGCGCAUGUGCAAAUACCAUCCUGUGAAGGUGGUGGAGUUGGAGACACCCCAUAAUGAAUGCAUUGUGUUGUUUAAUCUGCGGUGUGAUGAAUGUGCUUCCCUCUUUCCAAAGAGAAGGAUAUACUCAAACCGAUUUCAUCUAAGUGACAAAAAGUUCUAUGUUUGCGCAAGAUGCCUGAAGGAUCAAGAGACAAGCUCCCAUUCAUUUUUUCUCAAUUUGGGAAUCGAGGGCAUAGAUUCAGGUAGCGUUAAGGUUAAGUUCAAUUUUAUUUAUCAGAUCCAAAUUUCUCAAUGA